AUGGCUUUACCACUCCUCACUGGUGCAGCAGGCACAGCAGCGCUCGCCGCAUACCUGAACGCCAAAUACCAUAUUGCACAUGACCUUCGCACCGGCCGAGGCGGCCUCAUUCCAACCCAGGCUGACCUCGAUUGGAUAGACCAACGCUACUCCCAAAACAAGAAAUUGACCUACCACGUCUUUGAGGACCAAGCACAGAAACAACCAAAUCACACAUUUCUCAUCUUCGAAGGCAAGCAAUGGACCUACGCCGAAUUCCUUCAGGCUACUUUAAAAGUAGCGAACUGGCUGAUCCGAGAUCUGGAUGUGAAGGUUGGUGAGAUUGUGGCUCUAGAUGGAGGUAAUAGCCCCGAGCAUGUGAUGUUGUGGUUGGCACUGGAAGCCGUUGGCGGUGUGAUAGCCUUCAUCAACAACAACUUGACUGGCGACGGACUAGUUCAUUGUGUUAAGCUAUGCGAAUCUCGCUACCUACUCGCGGAUGCCGAUGUCCGCCCCAACGUCGAACCCGUCCGCUCCCAGCUCGAAGAAUCCAACAUCCAAAUCAAAAUCUACGAUCCCAGCUUCAUCCUGAGUCUUUCCGACACAGCUCCCAUCGAUACAUCCCGCCACUCCACCAUCACCCCCGAAUCUCCUCGCACCCUUAUCUAUACCUCCGGUACAACUGGCCACCCAAAAGGCGUCGUCGCCCCCACCGCCAAAGAACUCCUCGUCGGUCGCACCACAGCACGCUACCUCCGCCUCAAGCCCUCGGACCGCUUCUACACAUGCAUGCCGCUCUACCAUGGUGCUGCGCACAGCUUGUGCACGACGCCUACUAUCCACGCAGGUGGCACUUUGGUGCUCGGCCGGAAGUUCAGCCACGCUAGGUUCUGGCCCGAGGUCUCGCAGAGCCGGGCUACAAUUAUACAGUAUGUCGGCGAGUUAUGCCGGUAUCUGCUUAAUGGGCCGAAGAACGAGUUUGAGAGGAAGCACUGCGUGAAGAUGGCUUGGGGGAAUGGGAUGAGGCCGGAUGUGUGGGAGCCGUUUCGCGAACGAUUCGGCAUUCCUGUUAUCAACGAGCUGUAUGCUGCGACUGACGGUAUGGGAGCUAUCUUCAAUAGGAAUGAGGGCGAGUUUACUAAGCAUGCGCUUGGGCUUCGUGGUGCGCUAUGGAACUGGAGAUUUGGUGGGGAGGAAGUUAGGGUCAAGAUGGACGUCGAUACUGAAGACAUUAUGCGUGAUGCAAAUGGAUUUGCGAUUGUGGUCGGUGCGGAUGAACCAGGACAGGUGCUGCAUAAGUUGGACCCGGACGCACCUUUGCAUCCAGGAUACUAUAAUAAUGAUGCUGCGACUGAGAAGCGGAGAAUUCGUGAUGUUUUCCGGAAAGGCGACUUGUGGUUCAAGUCUGGCGACAUGAUGAGACAAGACGGAUGUGGCCGUGUCUAUUUCGUUGACCGCCUCGGCGACACUUUCCGCUGGAAGUCCGAAAAUGUGUCGACCAACGAGGUUGCCGAUGCUAUAGGCCGGCACGCCCAAGUAGCCGAAGCAAACGUUUAUGGCGUUAGUGUACCUGGAUACGAUGGCCGCGCAGGGGCAGCCUCUAUUGUGUUAGCUGAUGGUGUCACGUUGCCGAAUUUCGACUUUAAAGGACUAGCGGAUCAUGCUAAGGCCAUGCUUCCAGGCUAUGCAGUCCCCUUGUUCCUGAGAGUUACAUCAGCCUUGGAGUAUACGGGCACACUGAAACUUCAGAAAGGGAGGUGCAAGCGGGAGGGUGUAGACCCAGCAUUGACGACAGGUGAAGACAAGCUAUAUUGGCUACCACAGGGGAGCGAUCGGUAUGUCCCGUUCCGGAAGGAGGACUGGGAGAACAUCAAGGCGAAGAAGUCGAGGCUGUGA